ACCUCUGCUGCUCCUGCUCUCCAAAAUGGGAAAGAUCACCUUCUACGAGGACCGGGGCUUCCAGGGCCGCUGCUAUGACUGCAGCACCGACAGCCCCAACCUGCAGCCCUACUUCGGCCGCUGCAACUCCAUCCGAGUGCACAGCGGCUGCUGGAUGCUGUACGAGCGCCCCAACUACCAAGGCCACCAGUACUUCCUGCGGCGCGGGGACUACCCCGACUACCAGGGCUGGAUGGGCCUCAGCGACUCUGUCGGCUCCUGCCACCUCCUCCCGCAAGUAAGUCACUCUGGCGCUUUCAGAAUGAGGAUCUAUGAGAGAGAUGACUUUAGAGGACAGAUGUCAGAGAUCACAGAUGAUUGUCCUUCCCUUCAGGACCGCUUCCACCUCAAUGAGAUCCACUCCCUGAAUGUGCUGGAGGGCUGCUGGGUCCUCUAUGAGAUGCCCAGCUACAGGGGGAAACAGUACCUGCUGAGGCCAGGAGAGUAUAGGCGAUAUCUUGACUGGGGGGCUGCGAAUGCCAAAGUUGGUUCUUUCAGAAGAGUUAUGGACUUUUACUGA